AUGGCGAACAACGAAUUAUGUUCUUGCACAGAGAAUUCACCAAGAAAUAAUCAAAUAUUCUCCCAAACACCUUGUAUUUUUUGUAAUUGUGAUUGGGAAUCGAAAAUUGGUCGCAGAAUUGCUGUCAGUCUUGUACUUUUAGAGAUUAAACGAUUUUUCCUCUUGGCUUUAGAAAUGAUGAUUGAACUUUCAGUUCUUCAAUUUUCCGGAGCAAUAAAAUCAAUUAUUCUCAGCUUUGUCGAUGUUGCUCUAGGAAUUCCUUGUGCCCUUGCAGCAAUUUCUUCAAUUCGCAAGCGCCAGGAACAACCACGUUAUUCGAAAGUGAAAAUUCUCUUGAAAUGUGUGGUAUUAAUAAUAGUUAUAUGUGCCAUACUGAAUAUAGUGACCUUAGCCUCGAUUGCCUAUCAUGUAAGCGUAAAACAAAGCACAAUAAAGGGAAUUUUUAAUUUUUCAAUGAAUAAUUAUCUUAACGACAAUUAUUACAAAUAUAAUUUGGAUGAAAUUCAAUUUGAAUUACAAUGCUGUGGACAUACGACUUAUACUGAUUGGUUUCUCCUCGAUUGGAAGAAAUCAGAUCAUGUAUCGCGCAAGAAGAAAAAUAAUAAUCUACGGGCAAUAAAUUCAGAUAAAGAGUUUAGGGAUCGUGAUGUGCCUUUCAGCUGCUGCAAUAUUCAUUCUUUGCUGUCUUGUGUCAAUAUAAAAAUGACAGAAGCAGAUGUUAAAACAAUUAACUCUCUUGGUUGUUCAAAAAUAUUGAGUUACAUUCUCAUCAGAAUUGUCAUUUUUGGUUAUAUAAUGACAGCAUUGGUUAUCAUCAUCUACAUCAUUUUGCUUUAUUUUAUAAUAAAAAUUACACGAAAACCUCUUCCACAGGAUUGCCCUUCGGAUUGUUCUUGUCUCUCCACCGAAAAUAGUUCACCCAGAUGUCCAUUGUUGCUACAAAAUUCUCCCUGUAGUUGUAGUUCCAGUUCAACGUCGCUUUCGGUAGGAAAAGAAAUACCCUGUUCAAAAAAUUCUUUUCAAACAUUUAGAAAAUCCUCAUUUUAUUGGCGCAAUAAUUCAUUUAACAAAAGAAAAAGAAUAACAACAAAAAAAAGUUCAUACUCAAGUUACAGUGAUGAAGAAUCGUCAAUGGAAUAUUAUGUAAAUCGUGAAAUUGCCCAAAUUAAGCCCAGUGUUCAUAAACAGCAUGAGAUUUCUCAAAAAUCAUCAAAAUCUUCAGUAAUUUUGUCUAAAGUAGAAUAAAUUUUAUUAUUCAAGAAAACUUGACCUAGGAGAAUAAAAAUAAAUCGAGAAAAUAGAAAGUAAAAAAAAAAAAACUAAAGGACAAUCAAAAACAAAUAUUUAUUUCAAGAUGAGGACUUAUCGUUUCUUGAGGAAGGCUCUUCUCUUUUCUAUCCUAAUCUCUUUAGAUAAGAUAGCGUACGAUCACGUAUUAAUAAACUUCAGAUAAAAAAAAAAACACAAUGAUUAAAAAAAAAAUCGUAUUUUUCUUGUUACUUUCAACUUAUGGGUGGUCGAAAAAUUAGAAAUUUCUUUUUUACCUCGUUUUUCAUUGUUAAACACCCGUGUAUAUCAGGUUGCAUACAAACAGGAAAAUCUUCUCCAAAACAUUGUUUUUUAAAUUGAAAUUUUUUUUCCAUAAAAAGAAUUUUUCAAAAUAAAAUUAUUAUUUAAUUUUUUUUUUUUUUUUAGAAAGGAAAAAAGAAAUAUUUUUACAAUUUUUCUAUUUAUCUAACUAUAUCUAAACGACCUACUUUUAUGACGCUGCCAAAAAAACAGGUGGUAAGACGAAAUUAUUCACGUAAUUUGUUGAAAUUUCGUCGCGUUACAUUAUGACGUUUUCAAAUCGACGAUUGAGUGACGUCCUCAUUGACGUCUAGAAUUUAAUUUUCAAAGAAUAAAGUAAUUCUUUACUAAAAAUAGCAUUUUCCAAUUAUUGCAAAAGAAAAGUAUUUUCGAAAAAAAAUUUCCUUAUUUUUAAAUUUCGUCCAUUUCUAGUAUUUUUUUCUUGAAUUUAAAAAAAAAAAAAUAAAAAAAUUAACUACGAAUUUAAUUAUAACAAAGAGAAUGUUUAAUGAAAUGUUAUAUCAGUUUUUGAAUGAAUUGAGAAAUGACUUAAUUGGAUGCAAUUUGCAAUGUAAGACCAAAAUUAUUAUCCAUUUAAAAUUCAUUAAAAAAUAUUGUCAGUCAUUUGUUAAUAAUACAAAACCGGAUAUAAACAAAUUUUCACGAAAUUGUUUUGACAAGUGCGUGUUCCUUGUCAUUUAUUUGUUCAAGUUAACAACAACUUUCCCUGAAUAAUAAAUGAUACUCGGAAAUCUUUUAUCUUAUUUUUAUGGUAAGAAGAAAAAGAAAAAAAAAAAAGCCGGAUAAAUUCCAAGAAACAAUUUUCCCCGUUAAUUUAUAGUUUUUUGUUUGGAUUUUUCUUGUAAAAAAAAAGAAAAUUAUUGAUAAAUUUUCGUUUUUUUUAUUUGUUCGUAUUUUUUUUUUUGAAAAUGAAUUCACAAGCUAAGUAAAAUGAUACACUCUCGGUGCUUUUAGACGAGUCUGACCCGGCUUGUAAUAGAACGACCGCGUUGCGCUUUGCAUUUCUGGCGUUCCAGUCGUUGACACGAAAACAAAAACAAAAAAAAAAAUUAAAUAUUUAGAACAGGUCGCGAUUAAUGUGACAAAAAUAGUUUGUACAGUUUAGAAUUUUUUUUCCAAAAUUCAGUACUCGAAAUGUUUCACUUUUCAAUUUUAAAAAAUUAAUUUCAAUUUCAAAUAUUAAUAAUUUUUAAAUCUAUAGUUUUUUUUAUACAAUUUUUCUAUAUUCUAUAAGUAA